CUUGUGCUAUCUCAGCCUUCUCCUAUCCUCAUCUCUUCAUUCAUCUUCAAUAGUUGCUUCCAAAAAAUGCCUAAAAUAGCCUUCGGCCGCUUCGAUGAUUCCUUCAGUUUGGCCUCCUUCAAGGCCUACCUUGCUGAGUUCCACUCCACCAUACUCUUCGUCUUUGCUGGAGUCGGUUCAGUCAUGGCCUACAACAAGUUGACAUCAGACGCUGCUCUUGACCCGGCGGGGCUAGUGGCGGUUGCUGUUGCCCAUGGUUUCGCUCUCUUUGUUGCAGUCGCUGUUAGCGCCAACAUCUCCGGUGGCCAUGUUAACCCUGCAGUGACCUUCGGGCUGGUUGUUGGUGGUCAGAUCACCAUUCUCACUGGCAUCUUGUACUGGAUUGCCCAGCUUGUUGGCUCCAUUCUUGCAUGUUUCCUACUCAAACUUGUCACAGGAGGCUUGACGACUCCCGUCCAUAGUCUUGGAGCUGGGGUUGGAAUCAUUGAUGCUAUUGUCUUCGAGAUCGUGAUCACUUUCGGUCUGGUCUACACCGUCUAUGCAACGGCGGUUGACCCGAAGAAGGGCUCACUGGGCAUCAUUGCACCCAUUGCCAUAGGUCUUGUUGUAGGUGCAAACAUCCUGGCUGCCGGCCCAUUCUCCGGUGGAUCAAUGAACCCCGCCCGCUCCUUCGGCCCCGCCGUCGUCAGCGGCGACUUCAAGGACAACUGGAUCUACUGGGUGGGACCCCUAAUUGGAGGUGGCAUGGGAGGAUCUGUCUAUGCAAUUAUGUACUUGGGCUCUGAUCAUCAACCACUAGCGUCCAGCGAAUUCUAAGCUGAGUUUUUUUCAGGAACUCAAUUGUUUGUUGUUGUCUCAACCCAUUUCCCUUUGAAAUAAAAAGGAGGAAGAGCAAGUUGUGCUACUUCUUUCUUUUUGUACUUGUAUUUUGUUCUUUGAUCUUCUUCCAUUCUCUCCCUUUUGGAUUUGUAAAGCCCUUGCUUUGGUUCAAGCUGUGUAAAAGAUGCAAUUAUGCAUAUGAAUGAGGUUGGUGAUGUGCAGCCACUUUGCUUUCUA